CCUUCUUCAACUGUUGAACACGAACGGAAAUCGACGAAUUAACGUCUCCGCUCCAAUCUCUGCUUUUCAACCCCCCAAAAACCUCAACCAUCUCCGUCACCGUCACCGUCACCGUCACCGUCGUUACACCUCCAGCCACCAUUCUCCGCUCAUAAACCCUCCACUUCUCAAAACUACAACCUAUAAAAAAUUCAACUACAUCACAGAUGAAUGACUCAUUACAAUCGGAAACAAAUCAUCAACUGUCAAUGGAACUCGAUCCUCCGUUCAACGAGAGCCACGCCACCGCUGAAGAUUGGAGAAAAGCGUUGCACAAGGUUGUUCCGGCGGUGGUGGUGCUCCGUACGACUGCCUGCAGAGCUUUUGACACUGAAUCGGCCGGUGCGAGCCAAGCUACGGGCCUUGUUGUUGAUAAGCGUCGGGGAAUUAUACUCACUAACCGUCAUGUGGUCGAACCAGGUCCUGUGACAGCGGAAGCUGUGUUUGUUAAUCGUGAAGAGAUUCCUGUUUAUCCGAUAUAUAGAGAUCCUGUUCACGAUUUUGGAUUCUUUCGGUAUGAUCCUGGUGCGGUGAAGUUUCUGAGCUAUGAGGAGAUCCCUCUUGCUCCCGAAGCUGCUUCUGUUGGACUGGAAAUUAGAGUUGUUGGUAAUGAUAGUGGAGAGAAGAUCUCUAUUUUGGCUGGUACUCUUGCUCGUCUUGAUAGGGAUGCACCGUUUUAUAAGAAAGAUGGCUACAACGAUUUCAAUACGUUCUACAUACAGGCAGCUUCAGGUACUAAAAGUGGUUCGAGUGGGUCCCCAGUCAUCAAUUGGCAAGGAAAGGCCGUUGCAUUAAAUGCUGGCGGCAAGACUUCUAGUUCCUCAGCGUUUUUCUUUCCUUUAGAACGAGUGGUGAGGGCUUUAAAUAUGUUGCAAAAAGGGAGAGAUUUGUGUCAAGAUAAGUGGGAGGCUGUUACAAUACCUCGUGGUACAAUCCAGGCAACCUUUGUCCACAAAGGUUUUGAUGAUACCCGUCGGCUUGGUCUGCAAAGUGAAACAGAGGAGUUGGUUCGCCAUGCAUCUCCACCAAGUGAAACCGGGAUGCUUGUAGUUGAUUCUGUGGUGCCAGGUGGCCCAGCUUAUGACCAUUUGGAACCAGGUGAUGUGCUUGUUCGCAUGAAUGGGGAGGUGAUUACUCAGUUUCUAAAGAUGGAGACUUUACUUGAUGACAGCGUGGGCAAAAAUGUUGAGUUGGAGUUUGAAAGGGGCGGGACAUCUUUGACCGUUCAGUUGGUGGUUGAGGAUUUACACUCCAUAACCCCGAACUACUUUUUGGAAGUUAGUGGUGCAGUUAUACACCCACUCUCUUAUCAACAAGCUAGGAAUUUUCGUUUUAACUGUGGCCUUGUAUACGUGUCUGAUCCCGGUUACAUGCUUUAUAGAGCUGGUGUCCCACGGCAUGCCAUUAUCAAGAGAUUAGCCGAUAAAGACACUUCAAAUCUUGAAGACUUCAUUAAUGUUCUAUCCCAGCUCUCUAGAGGAGCUCGGGUUCCAUUGGAAUACAUAAACUACAAAGAUCGCCAUAGGAAGAAGUCUGUUCUAGUUACAAUGGAUCGGCAUGAGUGGUAUGCUUCACCUCAAAUAUAUACCCGUGACGACACUUCUGGUAUUUGGAUAAGAAAACCGGCUCUGCCCUCCAGUUCCCAACUUAUAUCUUCUGGCAUUACACAAGUUCCUAAUGGUGUUGCCAGCAUGGACACUAGUAGCUCUGAACAUGUUCUAGAGGUAUCCAACAAUAAAGAUGCAUCUGCUGAUGAUAUGGUGAUUGCUGAGGUGGAAGAUUCAACAUCUCCGGGAGAUCAUGACACAUUAGCAGACUCUGGUAAUGCUUCUGUUGCAGAGCGUGUAAUAGAGCCCACUCUUGUCAUGUUUUCGGUUCAUGUACCAUCAUCAUGUAUGGUUGAUGGUGUCCAUGCACAGCAUUUUGUUGGAACUGGUGUGAUUAUAUUUCAUUCAGAAGAAAUGGGGUUGGUUGCAGUUGACAAGAAUACUGUUGCCAUAUCAGCAUCUGAUGUCAGGCUUUCUUUUGCUGCAUUUCCAAUCGAAAUUCCCGGGGAGGUGGCGUUUCUCCAUCCUGUUCACAACUAUGCACUUAUUGCGUAUGACCCAUCUCUCCUUGGACCUGCUGGUAAUUCAGUAGUCCGGGCUGCUCAACUUCUUCCAGAACCUGCAUUGCGGCGUGGAGAGAGUGUGUGUCUUGUGGGAUUAAAUAAAAGUUUACAAGCAACAUCUAGAAAAUCUGUUGUUACCAACCCGUGUGCCGUUCUGAAGAUAAGUUCGGCUGAUUCACCGCGCUAUAGAGCAACCAACAUGGAAGUUAUAGAGCUUGAUACUGACUUUGGUAGCAUGUUUUCAGGAGUACUAACAGAUGAGCAUGGAAGAGUUAAAGCUAUAUGGGGCAGCUUUUCAACUCAGGUUCGUAAAAAGAAAAGGAAGAUCAAAUAUGGUGCAAGUUCAUCUGAAGAUCAUCACUUCACCAGAGGUAUUCAUAUAUAUUCGAUUAGCCAAGUUCUUAAUAAAAUAAGAUCAGGCGCGAAAGGACAGACAUUUCUUAUAAAUGGUAUCAAAAGACCAAUGCCUCUAGUUAGGGUUUUAGAGGUCGAGUUUUAUUGUACUUUACUUUCCAAGGCUAGAAGUUUUGGUCUCAGCAACAACUGGAUCCAGGCUCUUGUAAAGAAAGAUCCUGUGAGACGUCAGGUUCUACGGGUCAAAGGUUGUUUAGCUGGAUCUAAAGCUGAAAAUUUACUGGAACAAGGUGAUAUGGUUCUUGCAAUUAAUAGGAAGCCAGUUACAUGUUUUAAUGAUGUUGAAGAAGCAUGCCAUGCCUUGGAUGUGUCUGAUGACAUGGAUACAAAACUUGUAUUCACCAUCUUUCGUCAGGGACGUGAAAUGGAGGUUGAAGUGGGAACCGAUAUAAGAGAUGGCAACGGCACCACGCGUGUAAUUAACUGGUGCGGAUGUUUGGUGCAAGAUCCUCACCCAGAAGUACGUGCCCUCGGGUUUCUUCCCAAAGAGGGCCAUGGUGUAUAUGUCGCAAGGUGGUCCUCUGGGAGUCCUGUGCAUAGAUAUGGUUUAUAUUCUCAACAAUGGAUUGUGGAAGUUAAUGGAAAACCAACUCCUGACUUGGAUGCUUUUGUCAAUGUCACAAAGGAGAUUGAAGACGGAGAAUUUGUUCGUGUAAGGACGGUCCACUUGAAUGGGAAGCCAAGGGUGCUGACACUGAAGCAGGACCUGCACUACUGGCCUACAUGGGAGCUCAGGUUUGAUCCUGAAACUGCUACAUGGCACAGAAGGAUAAUUAAAUCAUUGGAAACGGGAGAUAGCCUAUGAACAUCAGAUUCGUAUUGCAUUGAUGAUUUGAUUCAUACAAAGAAUAAAAUUAUGGAGGGUAUCUAGCUGUUUAUUCAAGAUUAUGAGCUAUGUACAUAUAAUUUCAAAUAAUCAUAGCAGUGUAAAGUAUUCCAAACAGGUGGUGUGUGCUCUUUACCAUACAAAACUGAAUGCAAAAUAAAUUUGUGUUUUGGGCU